AUGUCUGACUCUGACGAAUACUCCGACGAAAACCCGACGUGGACCGAAAAACCCCGUCGCGAUGGAAAACCGCACGGAGAGUGGAAGGUGUGCCCCGGAUUUGAACCGGCGGAGAAGAUGGAUGCGUGGUACAACGGUGGACGCCCUCUCUUCCCCCGCAAGGAGCUCCAAGAGAUCCACGACCAGCUGCGACGCCCGCUCCGCAACGGCAAUCUCAUCUUCGUCAGAGGAUUCGACGGACAGUGGUACGAGUAUGUCGUCCGCACUGGAGGUCGCCAGGAGCACGACGGGAAAACAUACCGGUUGAGCAGGCCGCAGAUCAGCUACACGGACUUUGAAACGCUCAAGGAGAAGGUCGACCCCGAUAUACUGUCCCAUCUCGAUUGUCCAUGUGAAGCAACCCGAAACCCAUCGCGUAGGGUUCAUGGAGAAUAUCCUCCGCGGAAGGAAGAUGAUGGACGCUGUGGAUCAUUGGGAAAAUCACCAGGCCUUUCUCAAGGUGGAGUUGACCUUAUUAAUGAUGAACCUGCGGCGCAGGAUUACAAACAUCAUCGGCUGUUGCAGGCCAGCCAUCUCGGUCCUAGAGAGGUUCCUUGCUACGUUCAAGACCCGGCAUACACCCCGGCAGAUCGUAUGGUCCUCGCAGAAAAUAACGUCGAGACCGUGCAAGACCCAGGAGGCUUUCUGAAGAUGGACGAUUCCUCGCUUGUAUUCUGCUGUGAGCCUACAACGUGCGUCAAGUCGAUCGUUGCCAACGUGGCUCGACCUCUUGUCAUCAUACGGGAUACGGUAGUAGGCUCCCCGUAUUGCACUGCAGAGAGUUGGGACCCCGAUUGUCCGCGAGUCGUCGCGAUGAUGAAAGACUACAAUGCCUUGGACUUUCCAGAGGAUGGAAAUUUCGGUGACAUGACAAUUUAUGUGAGACGCGACGCUCGUUAUAAGAAGCUCAAGUAA